AUGCCGCAGCUCCCGGACAUAGCACCACAGCAGGCCCAGCGCCUCAACGCCGGCCCGCGCCACGCGCGCGGGUCCGCGUUCUCGAACCACAAUUAUAACAGAUUGUAUCGCGACAACACGCUGACGGCGGAGACGCGCCAUUCCGGGCGGAGGGACAAGGUUGCUGAAGAAAGAGAAUUACGAAGAAAGAAGGCCCGGCAAGAACAGGAAAGACGGACAGAAAAACGCCUCAAGACGCUGGAGCGGCGCAUGCGCGACGAGGCGAAGCGCAUCGCGGCCAUGGAGCGCGAACUCAAGGAGCUGCCGAAACUGAAAAAGACGCGGCAGCAGCUCGCCCGCGAGUGGGCUCAUAUGGAGGAUUCUCCUAGAACGUCUCGCAGUGCCGAGACGGGGCGCGACGAGGUGUCGUCCUCACCUAGAUCGGAGAGCGCGCCCGCGCGGUCGUCGCCCUUGCCGGACAUCGACAGCGCGGCUAUAACAGUGCAGCGGGCCGCGCGGAAUCGACGGGAGAGCCGGGCUGCCGUCAAGAUGCAGGCUCAUCAACGACGUCGACGGGCGUCUUUGGAAGUAGACGAGAGGCGCCGCGUCUCCUACAAACGAAGGCAGAGCGUUUUGUCAGUCGCGGCGACGUCCGCUUUAGCAUGUGCGAGGGACGCGGCGCGGACUUGUGUGCUGUAUCGUGAUAGUGCGUUACGAGCCUGUCGCAUGGUGAAAGCCAGACGGGCCUACGACGCCAUCUAUUUAUUACAGCGCUUCGCGCGCUACGUCGGGGGGCAAGCUGCUUUAGCACUCGCGGCCGAGGUCGUGCUGUUUAAGCAGCGGCGGCUCUGUAAACGAGUUGAAAGGUUACAUGGGACGCGGCAGAAGCGACGAGCUGAACGGGAAGCUACCGACAGACUCGCGAUCUCCAUCCAGAACGCUUCUAGAAGACGAAAAGCGCGGCAGGAAUAUCAAAGGCGCUGCGAGCGGCGCAACGAAGUGCUGAAGGCCAUGGCGGCCUUCCUCGCUCAUACUUUGCAAAAGCAUUGUCGGAGGCGGGCCGCGCGGCGACGCGCUCAUCUGAUGAGGCAGCGCUGGAGAGGUAGAAGAAAGCUCGUCUCGCUCGACCUGACCGACGUGAGGAAGGCCGUUUUGAAGCCGGCGAAGCUCGAGGAGGCCUACGGCGCGGCCUGGGCCGCGCUGGGUAUCGAUGGGGCUUUGCUCGCCGACCCGGAGCUCGACGAGGAGGACCUGCAGGAGCUGGGCGUGGCCGUGCGGCUUCAUAGAAGACGCCUUCUGAAAGACGUCGCUAGGCUGCGGGCCCAGGGCGUCCCCGAGGACGUGCUCGAGCCGACGCCGCGGGAGGAGCCGGCGGCGCCCGCCGAGCCGCUGCCGCAGCGGACGCGCGCCGUGCCGCGGUCCGUCGCGGCGGCGCGCGCCGCCGAGGAGGCCGCCGCGGCGCCCGCCGUGGUGCCCGCCGCCGCGCCCCGGCGGACCGCCGCGGCCUUCGUGCCCAAGCAGGCCAAGCAGCCGGCCCCGAAGGCCGCCGCGCCGGCGGCGAAGGCGGCGAAGGCCGCGCCCCGGGUCGCCGGCGUCGGCGCCGACGGACGACGCGUGGCCAAGGCCAAGCCGACGAAGGCCGCCGCGAGCAAGCGCGCGGCGCCGCAGCCGGCCUCGAAGGCGCCGGCGAAGGCGCCGGCGAAGCGCGCCGCCGCGGCGCGGCAACCGAAGGCCGCCGCGCCGAAGCGCGCCGAGCCCAAGCCCCAGCGCCGCCCGGCGCCCGCGCCGGCGCCGAAGCCGUCGCCCGCACGGCGGCCGCUCGCCGACGCCGCGAAUUCCGCCGACAAGCGCGCGAAUGGCCGCGACGCCGAGGUCGCCGCCGCGCGGCGCCGCGCCGCGGAACGCAAAAAGCGCGGGGCCCAGCCCCAGGCCCAGAUGUCAAAGACGACGAUCCCCGCCGAGCGCAAGCGCGUCGAACCGAAGGCGUCCGUCUUCGCGGCCGCGGACGACGCGUCGGAUUCGGAGGAUGCCCUCGAGGGCGUCAAGGCCGCGACGUACCCCCGCGCGUCCUUCGCGUCGCCGUCCGUCUUCGAGGAGCGCGGCGACGACGAGUCCCCCGACGACUCGGCCAAUUUCUUCUCCAACGAAGACUCGUCGGACUCGGGCGACAGGCCCGUCCGCAUGUCCGGGUCGCUGCCGGACAUCCCCGCCGAGACGCUCUUCAAGGGCUCGGUGUUGGAAGAUGACGGCUUCUUCGACGAGGACGACUUCGAGGACGUUGGAAAUGGAGAGGACGUGGCGGACCUCUUCGCGUAA